AUGACAGUAGAGUUUCUAGGGUAUAUCAUCAAACCCACAGGGGUAGAGAUGGAUCCUGAGAAACCACUAACAUCACUGGUGAAACUGACAGAAUGUUUCAAGAAGUUUGAGUUGCCAGAAGAAGCUCAACAAGCUUUCCACAAACUCAUCCAAGCAUUCACGACAGCCAGAGUACUACAACACUUCAAUUACCACCUUCCUACAAGGCUGGAAACAGAUGCAAGCAAUUUUGCCAUCACUGGAGUGCUCAAACAAGAGCAUGAAGGAUGUUGGCACCCAGUAGCAUUUUAUUCAAGGAAGAUUUUGUCAGCUGAGAAAAACUACAAGAUCCACAACAAGGAGCUCCUAGCAGUGGUCGCCUGCCUCACUCAGUGGCGACACAUGCUAGCAGGACUACCGAGUCAGUUAGUCAUUCUCACAGAUCAUGAAGCACUCAAGUACUUUAAGUUGCAACAUUGUAUCACUGGCAGACAAGCAAGAUGGGUGGUAUUGUUAGCAGAUUUCAACUUUGUGCUACAAUACCAACCAGGAGACAAGGGUGGCGAACCCGAUGCUCUCACCAGACGAGCUGACAUGCAGCCAGUCAGCGAAGAGCAGGAGCACAAUGUUCGACAACUACUGCCUCCCCAGGUGUUUGAACAAGUCGAAAACGAAAUCACAACAGGGAACAAGUUGCAGCAGAUUUCAGCUGAAAAUGUAAUAGCAAGCAUGAUACUACCGAUUUCAGUGGAAUCGGUUCUAACUGCAUGCUCAGGCGACGAUUCCGUAUUAGUGGCUCCCAUCCUCACGAUGGAGUCUAUAGCCACGAAAGGAAUCAAAGAUCUGGCCAGAAUCUUCCAGCCUCUGGAUCCAGAGCUUCAGGGGAUUCAUCUAAGGAAGCCAUUCGAGAUCAGAGACAGCUUAUGGUAUAGUGGCGGGCGGUUGGUUAUCCCCAAGAACACUUGCGAUUCAUGGUCAUGUCUCAAUGUCAUGAUGGUGUCACAGCUGGACAUGUGGGGCAAGAUGCUACCAUUAAGUCAGCCCAAUGACACUAUUGGUGGCCAAACAUGUCAGCCUGGAUUGCUGAUUAUGUCGCAAGUUGCCAAACCAUGGGGCUCUAUAUCCUUGGAUUUCAUUGAAGGAUUACCACCCUCAAAGGGAUAUGAUUCAAUCCUGGUCAUCGUUGACAGAUUGACCAAGUUUGCUAUUCUGGCUCCUACAUACAAAAUGGUCACAGCGAAACAGACUGCUGUGCUACUAUGGCAUUAUCUGGUUCAACACUUCGGUUAUCCAGAUCACAUGGUCUUGGACCGAGGCAGGCAGUUCAUCUCAGGAGCAUGGAAAGCAUUUGCCGAUCAAAUGGGUAUGAAACAUUCGCUCAGCACUGCUUAUCAUCCUCAAACGCAUGGGCAAAUGGAAAGGGUCAAUCAAGUAGUAGAGCAGUACCUUCGCAUGUACUGCAACUAUGAACAGAAUGACUGGGCCGGCUUACUCGACACUGCAGCUUUUGUGUACAACAAUACCAUACACAAUAGCAUCGGUGUCUCACCAUUCUUUGCAUGUUAUGGAUGGAACCCGAAAGCCCAUCCUGACAUUCCUCAACACCUAGGAGUGAACAACCCCAAACGUUCUGAAUACUUGCUUGAUGGUAAAGAGCACUGCAAGUAUCUUCAAGGACAGAUCAGGGAAGCACAGCGUCAUACUGUCAAUCACUAUAACCGGAGACACAAGGACAUAGAAUUCAAGGUUGGCGACAUGGUCUACAUCAAUCACAAGAAUUGGAAAACCAGGUGA